AGGCAGACGCCCAACGACUGAGCCACCCAGGCGCCCCUGCUUUAAUAUUUUCAACAGAAAUGUUUUGCUAAUGCGUGGAGGAGUGGCUUUGGCUUAGCGCCUUUGUUUUUUCCAGUUGGUCUUCCUCUCCACAAAACAUUGCAUCCUGGUUCUUUGAAAUCCCCAUUGAAUUUGGAGAAAUUAUGUCUUGGCACUCAACCUAUUUUCCUGGAACACAAUGUGAUGCUGAUGACACAGCCCAGUCACUCCACUUGACAAUAAAUUUGCUUGUCUCAUUUCACUUGAAUAUUCAGUGGUGAGUAAGAACAGAAGUGGAAAGCCUUACUUACCGCAGUUUAUUAUGUUUCGUGCCCAUGAUAAUUACUUUUAUAAGGCCAUUCAUGAAUACAUUGAUCAGAUUAGGCUGAAUCACCUGGCUGGCCAAUAGCCAUCAGAAUGAUUCUCCAUGCAUGACUUGGUUGCAUUAUUACAAAACGUGGAAGAAGAGACCUGCCCAGCCAGCGUGGCAGAUGUUCAUUUGUGAUGCUGCAUUAAGGAGAUGAAGAGAUGAGAGUGAAUUGUUCCAGCAGCUCAGCCUGCACUGCUAACAGUUCGGAGGGGGAGCUGCCUGUGGGACUGGAGGUACAUGGGAACCUCGAACUUGUUUUCACAGUGGUGUCAGCCGUGAUGAUGGGCCUGCUCAUGUUCUCCCUGGGAUGCUCUGUGGAGUUCCGGAAGCUCUGGGCGCACAUCAGGAGACCCUGGGGCAUUGCUGUGGGGCUGCUCUGCCAGUUUGGCCUCAUGCCUCUCACAGCCUAUCUCCUGGCCAUCAGCUUCUCUCUGAAGCCAGCCCAGGCUAUUGCUGUUCUCGUCAUGGGGUGCUGCCCGGGGGGAACCAUCUCUAACAUUUUCACCUUCUGGGUCGAAGGAGAUAUGGAUCUCAGCAUCACUAUGACAACCUGCUCCACAGUGGCCGCUCUGGGAAUGAUGCCGCUCUGCCUGUAUCUCUACACCUUGUCCUGGAAUCUCGAGCAGAAUCUCACCAUCCCGUAUCAGAACAUAGGAAUCACCCUUGUGUGCCUGACCAUACCGGUGGCCUUCGGUAUCUAUGUGAAUUACAGGUGGCCUAAGCAAUCCAAAAUCAUUCUCCAGAUUGGGGCCAUUGUUGGUGGGGUCCUCCUUUUGGUGGUCGCAGUUGCUGGUGUGGUGUUGGCAAAAGGAUCUUGGAAUUCAGACAUCACUCUUCUGACCAUCAGUUUCAUCUUUCCUUUGAUUGGCCAUGUCACGGGCUUUCUGCUGGCACUUCUUACCCACCAAUCUUGGCAGAGGUGCAGGACAAUUUCCUUAGAAACUGGAGCUCAGAAUAUUCAGAUGUGCGUCACCAUGCUCCAGCUGUCUUUCACUGCCAAGCAGUUGGUCCAGAUGCUUAGCUUCCCACUUGCCUAUGGACUCUUCCAGCUGUUGGACGGAUUUCUCAUUGUUGCAGCAUACAAGAUGUACAAGAGGAGAUUGAAGAAUGAACACAGAAAAAAGGACACAGGUUGUGCAGAAGGCUGCCAUAAAAAGAAAUCUACUUCUCUCAAAGAGACUGGUGCUUUCUUGGAGUGAAGAGUAACACCCAUUGUUAUGCGAAGUCAUUCCGGAUUAGAUGUCACCUCCUACUGCCUACGCUCUCAUAAAAAAAUGUGGCCAUUUCUGAAAUGAAUGUUAUUUUUUAAGGGCUUGGAAAUCUUUUUGGAUUCUAGAUGUAAUAAAGUGUAGAGGGAAUUAAUGACCACUUGAGGUUAAAAUGUGAAUGCCCCGUAUUUUCACUCUCUAAUCAUAGGCACAUGUAUAGCCUUCUAAUUUUUGUUUAUAUAUUAUUUUAAGAGACAUUGAGAUCAUUCCAGGUAUACUGUUUCAUAAGUCACUUUUUAAUGACAUUAUUAUGGAGAAUCUUGACAUGUCAGUCUUUGUUAAUCUACCUCAUUCUUUUGAACAGUGGCUUCAUAGAAGUAUUCCUUUGCAUAGAAGGCCUGUAAUUUAUUUAACCAUUCCUUAUUCAUGGACAUUUAGAUAGCUUUGAACUUAUUGGUAUUAUAAUGCUGCUACAAAUACCCACAUGGUUGUGCAAGUAUUUUUGGAGAAUCACUUCCUGCCACUUGAAAUGCCAGGCUAACCUCACAUUAAAAUGUUGGACAGGCUGCUGUCUGAUGAUGUAUAGCAGUGUCUGAGUGGGGCUGGCUUCCCACAGCUGCACCAGUCUAAGGAAUGGUCAAUUCUGAUUUGUGCAAAUAUCUCAUUUACGAUUGCAUUUAAAAAAUUAUGACUGAAGUAGAGUAUUUUUCAUGAUCACUUGCCUAGUCAUGUCCUUUGCUUGCCUUUCUAUUGUAGUCUUUCCUUUUUGAUUGAUACAUUGUAACACAUUACGAAUAGUGACCAUUUGUCCUGUUUUGUCAACAUUUUACCUACUUUUAAUCUUUUAUCUUUUCUUUUUCUGUCUUUUGCAAUGUAGAAGUUUUGUAUUUUUUGCAUAUUCAGCUUUAUUAGUCUUUUAAAAAAUGCUUUUUGACCUUGAUAUCUGUCAAAUGUUAGAAUAUUUAUAUUUUUGUGUGGAUUAUGAAUUGUGAUAGUAUUUUUUUUGAGAAUGUAUUUGCAGGAAGUUCUGUUUUGCGUUUGCACAACAUAUUCACUCUCUGCUUUGUGUACUUCUGGCAGUAGGUAAAACCCAUCCCCCUCUCUUCUUACAUUAUUAAAAAUAUUUCCCAUAUAUUUUUCUAUGAAUUUUAUGAACUAAGUAUGUAAAUGUUUAUUCCAUUUUGAAUCCAUGCUUUUGUAUGGUGUGUUAAGAAUCUAAUCUUUUUAUGGUUAAUUAAUUGUUCCAACAUCAUAUAUUGAAUCAUUCAUCUUUCCUGAUUUGAAAUGCCACCUUUCUCACACAACUUCCUAUAUAAUGUGGGAUUCUAGUUAGUUCCAUUUUUCUAUUCUUAAGUUUUGAAAUGUAUAAGAAAGUGUUUUGUCUGAGAUUUAGUGCUUUACAAUUUUAUUUUGUAAGUAUUCCCAAGAACCUGUGAGUUAAUAUAAUAAUAAUGAUUGGGGCACCUGUGUGGCUCAGACGGUUAGGCGUCUGCCUUCAGCUCAGGUCAUUAUCUCAGGGUCCUGGGAUCGAGCCCCAUGUGGGCCUCUC